AUGUCAUAUCCAAAGGUCAAACCAUCGCCCCUACGAUCAAUAAUAGCAGGAAGCACAGCCGGCGCCGUCGAGAUCGCAAUCACAUACCCGGCCGAAUUCGCCAAAACCCGCACACAACUCAACUCCCGGCUCGCCGCCGGCCAGAAACUCCCCUUCCCACCCUUCGGCAAGCAAUGGUACGCCGGCUGCACAACCCUCAUAAUCGGCAAUAGCAUCAAAGCAGGAGUCCGCUUCGUCGCAUUCGAUCAAUACAAACAGCUCCUCGGCAAUGGCGACGGCACAAUCAGCGGACCCAUGACCGUCGUCAGCGGUUUCCUCGCCGGCGCAACAGAAUCCCUCCUCGCAGUCACACCCUUCGAAAGCAUCAAGACACAAAUCAUCGACGACCGAAAACGCGCCCAACCCCGAAUGAAAGGUUUCCUCCACGGCUCCGCUCUUAUCUUCCGCGAACAAGGCAUCCGAGGCUUCUUCAAGGGUUUCGUACCCACCACCGCCCGUCAAGCCGCCAACAGCGCCGUGCGCUUCAGCGCGUACACAUCCUUGAAACAAGCGGCACAAUCGUACGUCGCGCCGGGAGAAAAGCUGGGAACACUAUCUACGUUUGCGAUUGGAGGCGUGGCGGGCACGAUUACGGUGUAUGCGACGCAGCCGAUUGAUACGGUCAAGACGAGGAUGCAGAGUUUGGAUGCGAAGGGGCAGUAUAAGAAUAGUGUGGAUUGUGCGGUGAAGAUUUUUAGGAACGAGGGGUUCUUUAAGUUGUGGAGUGGUGCGGUGCCCAGGUUGGGGCGGUUGGUGUUUAGUGGAGGGAUUGUGUUUGCUAUGUAUGAGAAGACGAUGGAGUUGUUGGAUCAGCUGGAUCCGGGGAAGAAGUAUGUUUGA